AUGGAUUAUUCUAACAUUACAUAUUUCACUCUAGAUGGACAUGUGAAUUUACAAAAUUACAGAUAUAUAUAUUUUACAAUUACUUUUACAGUGUACAUAAUGAUUGUCUGCUUUAAUACUGUUAUCAUUUUUGUUAUAUACAGAAACAAAUGUCUUCAUGAACCCAUGUAUAUUUUCAUUGCUGCUUUGCUCUUUAAUGCUCUCUUUGGAACGACUGCUCUUUAUCCUAAAUUGCUCACCGAUUUACUGUCUGAAAAGCAAAUUGCCUCUUAUGAAUUGUGUUUGUUGCAAGCAUUUCUCCUUUAUGUAUAUGUAUUGUCAGAGUUCACACUGUUAUCAGCUAUGGCCUAUGACAGAUAUGUGUCCAUCUGUAAACCAUUACAAUAUGCAACUCUUGUAAAAAUGUACACUGUGAAAAUGCUCAUAUUUUUAUCAUGGGUUUUUCCUUGCUGUGAACUUGGUGUUGCUCUUAUACUAACAUUCCGACUUCAGCUCUGUAAAUUUAAAUUGAACAGAAUAUACUGUGAUAAUUAUUCAAUUGUGAAAUUAAGCUGUAAAGAAACAUCUAUUAAUAACACAUAUGGACUUUUUAUUUUCAGCAUUGCUGUAUUUCCUCCAGUAAUCUUCAUAAUCUACUCAUAUAUCAGGAUCCUCUCUGUGUGUUUAAAGAAUUCUAAAGAUUUCAGAAGAAAAGCUUUACAGACCUGUUUACCACAUCUUCUCAUUUUCAUUAUUUUUUCUGUCAACAUUUGUUUUGAAAUUAUAAAUAACAGACUAGAAUCAAAACAUAUUCCCCACAUUAUUGUCAUGAUCAUGUCAGUUGAAUAUUUACUCAUUCCUCCUCUAUUCAAUCCCAUAAUAUAUGGAUUAAAACUGCAGGAGAUUUUGAAUAGUAUCAGGAGACUGAUUUCCUGUAAAAAGAGGGCUCAAAUUUCUUUUUAGACAUAUAUUCUU